AUGUCAGGCACACCCUGGUCCGACCCUCCUUCACCUCUCACCCCCCAAGCUUCAAAUAGCCUCAGUGAACAUCCAGACCAGAUAUUCGACGCCGUGUUACUCACACGUAUGCCCACUCCAGAGAAAGAAAACUAUCGUCAGCGCACGGAAUCUGAACUCGCGGACAAAGUGGAGAUGGAUAUAGACGAGAUCAUUGGCGAAUACAGAGAAGGGGGACGAUUGUGGUACUACGCGCGUUUUGAGAACAUUCCGGCUAGCACGGUGGAGAUGAAAUACGCGCCUAUUGUUGCAGAGUACUACCGCAAGAAGACGGCAGGAGCACUCGAGCCAUUCGAUCCCUCAGCUGGCUACGUACAUCCGAAAUCACGCGUACGACAGUUCAUGACGAUCUCCAAACGAGGCGCCACACUGACAGUCUCUUCGGAUGGGAGCGUGCCAGCGACGAGCGACCGUGAUUAUGAUGAGGUCCCGGAAACAGAUGAAGAGGGCGAGGGCGCGGGCGGAGACAACGAUGAUUAUGACGGAGAAGAAUCCUCCGUCCCGCCCCCGCGCGCUACGAGGUCCAGCAAAGGUCAACUCGAGCUGCCUUUCAGCCCGAAGAAGACGCGUUCCCAGAAGAUUCAAGUAAUCGACUCAGACGACUCAGACGACGACGAUAGCGUAGCUCAUGCUCCCCGGCGAUCUACACGGACGCGACGGACAUUCAAGAUAGCGGUUGGAGACGAUUCUGAUGCGGAGGAGGAUGACAGUGACGGCGACGCGUCCGUCCGUAAACUCAAAGGCACGACGAAGAGACCCAAAGUCGCGCGAAAGAAGGCCGCCCGCCCCGCGUACGGACAUGUGAGAGGCAUAGAAGACCUCGAUUACGAUCAUCAGUCCGACGAGGAAACCGCUCCGCUCAGGAUGCAUCGUAAUGUCUGCGAAAAAUGCAAAGAAAAUCCGGCACACGAAGUACUCGGGGCACUUAAGAAAAAGAAGAACAAGAGUCGUAGAAGAAAGAAGACAUCAGAUGACGAUAUCGAGGGAUCGGAGGAUGAAGUUGAACGCGCUGAAAGGCAUGGAGGUUGGGUUCGAUGGUUCGUCAUCUCUGUUUCUUUGACGGGUGGAUCCGCUCACGAGCACAGCCUCAAAUGUCCCGUCUCUGUGCACUGGGGGUGUCUGGCUUCGACGCAACGUAGCGAGAUCCUCAAGGCCGCCCGGGAAGUUGAUCGAAGCGAAUGGCGCAAGAAUCAUUCAGAAGACGAUACUAGCGAGCCAGAACCCGCCAAACGACGGGACCUCGGAAUCCAAGAGACGACUGACUUCUUGUGCGCAUCUUGCACCAAGGGCGGUAUCUGCAUGGGUUGCUUGGAAACUGCGGUCGAGCCUGCUCCUGAGUCCAGCGGAGCUAAGGACAAUGAAGACGUAGAGAUGAAAGAAGUCUCCGACGUUACUCUCGAUACGAAUGCAUCUCUUGUCUUUCGUUGCCUCACUUGCAAGCGCAUGGCCCACUACGCCCAUCUGCCUGUUCCAGACGACUUGGACAGUGAUGCGAGCCCUGCCGACAUCGCUGGGUACUACGUCAAGAACUGGCUGUGCGGGGAUUGUGCCUCGUACACCUACUCACUGGACAAAAUAUUGGCCUGGAGGCCCUACCCGCCGAAUGCUGUAGAGGCUGACGACGACAUCCCCACUGCCCGGGGCCCCAUGCCUCGAGAAUACCUUGUCAAGUGGGUCGAUCGGAGCUACCUCCGAACGUCGUGGGUCCCGCACAACUGGUUAGUAUCUACCAGCAAUGCCAAGCUGAAGAACUUUCUUGCCACUGGUUCCAAGGUAGAUUUACUCGACGAUGAUGGCGAGACCAAGCACACGACGGAUCCGAGCCAGGUCUCGGAUUCCCGCGCAGCAUCCGUCAAGUCUAGAGCUCCUACACCGGGACUAGCUCCGGGACCUCUUCCAGAUGCUGAACAGCGCAUCCCUCCCGCAUGGAAGACCGUCGACCGCGUCUUGGACGUUGUGAUGUGGACUCCACCUACGUCGAAGAAGAAAGGCAAAACCAGCACCAAACAGCGGAUCGACUCGGAUGAGGACGAGGAUGAGGACAAGGACCUGGUGCUCGAGCGUAACGCUGCAUAUGAUCAGGGUCGACAACCAGAGAUUUACGUCCAAGGACUCCAAGACUGGGAAGCAUCUAACCGAACAAGUUUGUCCAUUGACGACAUCGACAAAAUCGCAUGGAUUUUCGUCAAGUGGGACGACCUGACCUAUGACGAAGCCACGUGGGAUUCUCCGCCUCGGCCUGAUGACGAUAAGUAUCCUGCAUUCAGGAACGCACUUGGGAGAUUCCUAGCAUCACGCAAGGUGUUCAUCAAGAACGCUCCUCGAGGCGUACUGCCCAAUCGACGGAAAGAUGGCUACGCGAAAUAUCGACUGAAGGAAGCAGCGGAUCUGCAGCUGGGUCAAGACCCCAAGUUCAAGUUGAUGGAUUUCCAGGUGGAUGGAUUCAAUUGGCUGUGCGACAACUGGUGGAAUGAGCAGCAGUGCAUCCUUGCCGAUGAGAUGGGCUUGGGUAAAACUGUACAAAUCGUGACGUUUCUGGGAAAGAUCAUCCAAGAUUUCUCUGCAGCACCGGCGUUGGUGGUUGUGCCCAAUUCGACCAUUACGAACUGGGUUCGCGAGUUUGAGAGAUGGGCUCCGAAGUUGAGGGUGGUGCCCUUUUACGGAGAAGCCAAGUCGCGGGAGAUCAUCAGGAAGUACGAACUCAGCCACAAUUUUCAGGUCCCUAAGGGCACGAGCAAAUCCAAGUUCCAUGUGUUGGUCACCACUUACGAGACGCUCAUUGGGAAAGACUUUUCUGUGUUCCGUUCCCAGUCGUGUUGGGAGGUGCUUGUGAUCGAUGAAGGGCAGAGGCUAAAGAGCGACUCUAGUCUUCUGUUCAAGAAAUUGAACGAACUGAAUAGUUUGCAUCGGGUGAUCAUGACUGGGACGCCGUUGAACAAUAACAUCAGGCAAGUAUGCUCUAUUGAUCCCCAGGAAUGGGAUGAUCUUGAAGGACUGGCCCGCGACCACGAAGACCUGACCGAAGAUCUUGUGAAAGAGUUGCACGGGCGUCUUCGCCCUUACUUUCUGCGUCGCAUCAAGAGCCAAAAUGAAGUGAUUGUCCCAUUGUCCAUGGCACCGCUUCAAAAACAGAUCUACCGAUCUAUUCUCUCCCACAAUUUGGAUAUCUUGAAAGGUCUCACUGGACCGACCAUUCGCAGUGCGUCGAAAGGGAAGCUGAAUAAUGUCCUGAUGCAUCUACGUAAAUGCUUGCAACAUCCGUAUCUCUACGAGGAAACCAUCGAACCCAAGGGAUUAUCAGUCCAAGAGACGCACCAGAAGCUCAUCGAUGCCAGUGCAAAACUGGUGCUGCUCAAGUCCCUGUUGCCGAAGCUCAAGGCUCGCGGUCACCGAGUGUUGCUUUUCAGCCAGUUUGUUCUAGCUUUGGACGUGGUCGAGGACUUUUUGAACGGAGAAGGAUACCGAUCUCUGCGAUUGGAUGGAAACACCAAAAGCAAAGAUCGUCAGAAGGACAUGGACGAGUUCAACCGCGAGGGCUCCGAUGUGUUUAUCUAUCUUCUCACGACCCGUGCGGGUGGUGUCGGGAUCAAUUUGUACACCGCCGACACUGUUAUUAUCUUCGACCCUGACUUCAAUCCGCAUCAGGAUCUCCAAGCAAUCGCUCGUGCUUACCGCUAUGGACAGAAGAAGACGUGUCUUGUGUUCAAACUCAUGGUCAAGGAUUCCGCAGAGGAGCGCAUCAUGCAAGUCGGCAAGAAGAAGCUCGUGUUGGACCAUCUCAUUGUGCAGAAGAUGGAUGACGAUGACGGUGCCGGGGAUGAUGUCCAGUCGAUCCUCACAUAUGGCGCACAAGCGUUAUUCGAGGACGUUGAUACACGUGACAUAACAUAUUCUGAUGCUGAUCUCGACAAGCUCAUCGAGAAGACGGAGAAAGAGGCGGAACCUGAGCAGAAGACUGAAGAAGCAUUCUCCUUCUCCUUUGCCAAAGUAUGGGCGGCCGAGAAAGACACCUUGGAAGAAGUCGUCGAGAAAGCAGAACCUGACGUCGAUUCUUGGGCGCAGACGCUACUUAAGAUUACAGCGGAACGAGAGAAGACUCAGGCUCAGGAAAUGGCACGCUCCGGUCGAGGUGUUCGACGACAAGCUGCGAAGAAUUUCAACUACACCGAACCGAGCCCUGCUAAAGAGCCCCGCUCUCGCUCGCAUUCUCAGUUCGAAGAAGGGUCUGCAUACGGCAACUCGUCCGUGAACGGCAACUCGACUGACUCGGGCAGCGAGGAUGUUGAUGGGUGAUGCGUCGAGCUCGAUUGCGAACGCGUUAAACGAAUUGGCUCAGCCAAAGGAGAAAAAGCUCAAAAAGAAACGUAAUCCAGGCGGUCUAGAAAUGUCUAUUCCAAAAUUCGCUCCGCUGUGCUCGCUGUGUGGGUCGCAGCACGGCGACGUCGUCGGACAGUGCAUGAUGACGGAAUCUUCCACGCAUCUGGCCGAGUUCAGGGAGAUGUUGAUUCUCGAUCCUGAGGAUGAGCCGUACGCGAAGCGCGUUGCCGCUGUGGCCGCCAUCGACGAAGUACUUCAUGCUCGAGGCCACAUCAAUCUUAUCAUAGGCCAGCCACUCGAAGUAGUCCAGCGCGUUCGUGUUGAUCUUCCUCCGAAGAAGCCAGGCCAAGUGCGGCUCCGCAUGCCCCUGCCGUUGUCACUCCCACACCCAGAGCCCAACCACCGAAUGCAGUUGCUAGCUCUUCGAAGCGCACGCUGUCGCCUCCCCCCAACGACAAUCCGGGACCAGCGAAGAAACCGCGGCAGUCGGCUACAAUCUCCUGCAUGGUCUGCCAGAGAGCGUAUCAUUUGGUCAAGGAUUGUCCUGUCGUUGCCGAAGGACCGACGAGCAUCUCCCGCGAAAUCAAGCGUCUCGACGCGGUGCCCGGCGCCGGCCCCACUGUACAAAUUCUCCGGAAACUCCUAUCGAAGGUCAAGAAAGAGCAGGCCGAGACCAACAUUAUAACUAUCAGCGACUAACUACCUGUACUUUGUCUAUCUAACACCUAUCUGUACUCGCACAUAUGUAAUCAACUCGCG